AUGAGUUCCCACAACCCGAGAUUAAACUACAAGCACCCAAGUGGUCUACCGACGCUACUACAUCUAUCACAGCGAUGUAUAAAACGGCAUAUAUCGCAACUACAAGAUGUAGGCACCACGCCGUACCAUUUACUUGCAUCGGUUUUAAGUCUAAUGUCAGCCAAGCAACUAGGCCAACUAGAAUCACUAUCAACACAACUAACACCACAUAGUGAUGAGUUAUGGAAGCAGCUCAUAAUCAAAGAUUUUCCUGAUCGACCAGCAGAAAUAGGUCCCUUGGAGUUGAGCAAGUUGAAAUUUGAAAAGAUGCCGUACAAAUCAUUAUACUACAAAUAUGUGAGCCAACGAGAUGAGUUUAGAAAAGAUUCAGCCAAGAGGUUACGACAUUUAAACCAAUCUAUGAAUAAAGAAAAAGCUAAAAACAAGAUCGUUGCUGUCGAUGAAAUAAGAAGAGAUCCCUCUGUUAGAAGUCGACUGCCGUUCCAGAAUGGAUUUCAACGACAAACUCCGCCAAUAAAUAAGAAUACCAUAUUAGGCAAAGCAAUUAGAGAAUCUCAAAAUAGAUCACUCAUAUUUGGGACGCAUGCAAUGAGAAGGUACAAUCCAUACAGUGCGUUCAAGAAUAGGGAUUUUGCUCCUAUUCGAGCGCCAAGAUCAAGCACCACUACAAUUAGACGUACUACAUUCUUUGAUCAGUCAAGGAGACAACCAGCCACUCCACCUAAAUCAUCGACUGCAAAGAUGACGCCUAUUAAAGGAAAGCAAGCAUCUCCAUCUCCACCAUCAUCGCCGGAUGGAUUAUCAAAUACAUUAAAGAAGAAACGAAUACAACUGCAACCCUCUAUAUUUCUUCAAAACAAGCGUCAUCGACCACCAUCACGAACCUCUCCUAUUCGAAAACCGAAGGAGCAAGAGAAAGAGGCUACAGAAGAAAAUCCUAGCAAGAUUAAGCCACUUAAAUCAUCCAUAUUCAGCUAA